AUAUUCUCACUCCGUCUUAAUAGUGGUCCACCAUGGCCCAAACCAUCCGUUGGGGAAUACUAGCGACGGGCCUGAUCGCCGAGGCUUUCGCGAAGGACCUGCUGGUCGACCCCAGGACUCGCCGAGUCACAUCCAUCAAGCACAGCGUCGUUGCCGCGGCCAGUUCGACCAGUGACACUCGGGCUCAAGAGUUUCUGACUAAGAUUGGAGCUUCGUCGGCCAAUGCCUACGGAACAUACAAGGAGCUAGUAGAGGAUCCCAACGUUGACAUCAUCUACGUCGCAACACCUCAUUCUCACCACUACCAAAAUGCUAUGCUCUGCCUCGAAGCGGGGAAGCAUGUCCUGUGCGAAAAAGCUUUCACCGUCAACGCGGCACAGGCUUGCAAGCUGGUGGAGAAGGCCCGAGAAAGAGACGUGUUCCUCAUGGAGGCCGUUUGGACAAGAUAUUUCCCCUUGUCCAUCUACGUGCGCGAGGUGAUUACAUCGGGCACAAUUGGCGAGGUGACUCGAGUUUUCGCAGACAACUCCAUGGCCCACGAUGUGGAAGCGAACUGGCCGGACGGAAAGCACCGUAUGGUCAACCCCGAUCUUGCCGGAGGCGCAUUGCUUGAUAUGGGCAUUUACUCUCUGACCUGGGUCUUUCAAACCUUGUAUUCUACUCAAUCCAGUCCGAAGCCUCCCCGCGUGGUUUCCUCCAUGAGAAAAUACAAGACUGGGGUCGACGAGCUCACGACUAUUCUCCUGACAUUCCCACGAUCCACUGGUGACGCUCAUGCCGUCGCCACGUGCGGCUUUCGGACUGCAAGCGACCCGGACGGACAAGGCACCGGUGGUCCUGCCGUGCGAGUGCAAGGCACCAAGGGAGAGAUCCAAGUCUUUCCUCCAGCUUUCCGACCUACGAGGACAAAACUGGUCCUCGAAAACGGCACGGUGGACGAAAACAUCUUUGAGUACCCCGGCCCUGGCGCAGGAAGUGGGUGGUUCAAUGGGUUUUCAACUUACCUCCAUGCCGAAGGCGAAGGGCAUGGCAUGUUUUAUGAAGCCGACGAGGCGGCAUAUGCUCUGGUCGAAUGCCGAAAGGAGGGUAGACUUCAGAGCUUACAGGAAUCCGUGGUCAUUAUGGAGGUCAUGGACGAGGUACGCCGGCAAAAUGGACUAAGGUUUGCCGACAACAUCGAGACAACAGACUGGCCUGUAUAUUUUUAA